CAGCCUGGGCAACAAGAGAACCUGGCCUGAUUAGGAGGCACAUUAAAACCUUUCUCUCAAGACUGCAAAAUUUUGUGUAUCAUUUAUACCUAGAGAUAAUUAACAACUUGGUUUUAAAACUUUUUAUUUAAUGUCAUCUCCAGCCCCUAAGACGUUUCUGCACUUGCCGAUCAAGUUCCCCUAAAGGGAAACAGUAAAUAUGAGAAUCACUAGAUAGGAGAGAGCUCUCGGAGGUAGAGCCACCGACCGGCUAGUGCGGAUGUUCGCCGAGCCCGGCGUCUCCCCGCGCAGAAGCCCAGCCCUCCCACGUCCGGGGCUCCCGGCGCCUCGGUUCCCCGCGCUCCGCCUCCCCUGGCGUCGGGCGCAGCUGGGCGUCAAGCUGGGCGGGGGUCCCUUGCCAGCUUCUGGCGCUCGACCUUCGCCCCACCUGGAAGGCGCCGGAUGCGAGACUCGCCCUUGGCUCGGCCCGCCGCCCCGGCCGGCGCUCAGCUGCUUGCCGGCGCCUCCCCCUUCACCUUCGAGUCCCGGAGGGAGCUCGGCGACUCGGCCCGGGGACAGGGGCCCAGCUCGGCAGUCACCGCGGGCAGCGCGAUCGGGGUCUGACUCUGGUCAUCACUGGCGUAUCCCGCAUCCGGGCUGCUCUUGGCGCCCUAGGCCUGUCCCGAGCCCCCCGCAACUCUCCGCCGGACGCGCAGCCUCCCCCGACCCGGCGGAGCGGGUAGGGAUACAGGCACUGAGAUGGCUGAGGGCUGCGCGGGUCUCCCAGGCCGAACCCGCCAUCAGCGUUCCGGGCCAGUCCCAGCCCACGCCGUAGCCAGCACCACCACCGGCCCAGCGACACUGCGGGCGCACAGGGGCGCGGGGCCUCUGCUGAGACCAUCCCGCCUUGGAGAACCUGGGUUCCCGCCGCCAGGCUCCACCUGUACCUUGGAGAACUCGGGCGCAGAGCAUCGCCAGAUUCCCACCUGGCAGCGGGCGGCUACAGGGUUUGAAUUUCCCCUUCACAGGAAAGACCGUGCCGAGGCCCAGACCCCCUGCCCCUUCCCUCCUCGGAGUAAAGGUCGCCCUGGGACUUUCCGAAGCCUCCGCGCGGCAGGCGGACUUCGAAGCCGGCGCACUGCGAAGCCGCGUUCUCACCUUCGAGUCACCGUGGCUUAGGCCGAGUUCACGAGCACUUUCUUCUAGCGCUGGGCGGACCGCGGCACUAAGCCAAGAGCUCAAAACCCCUCGAAGCGGGCGCGCGACGUCGCAGUCUCGUCUUGGGGACAGCGGUGGCCGCGCGGGUGGGGCCCCCGCUGGCCGAGUUCUCCUCGCCCCACUGCCCACGCCUUUCCCCCAGCACCAUCAGACCUAAGAUCUUUUACUUUUUAAGUUAAAGUGAAUCCAGAGCCUCGUUAUUGCGCCCUAAUUAGCAGCGGGAGCAAAGUCUAGCGCUUUGUAGGCCCGCGCGAGUACUCCGCAGCCUGGCACCGGAGGGCAGGAGGGUGCGGGGAACCGGGCUGCCACUGCGCCUAAGGCUAGCCCCUUUUAUAAGAUUUAGGGAAACGAAUUCUCUUUCCUAGUGGAUGUAAGAAGUGAGUGAAUUUAAAGUCACGACCAUGGCCGUAAGCGGCUCCAAUUGUCUGGGAUUGAUCAUGCUGUAGCCUCUGUGUGUGUGUGUGUGUGUGUGUGUGUGUGUGUGUGUGUGUACCUUUUCAUAUGACGCGUGCAUCAAUAUUCCGUGUCCUGCCCCCCACCCCAUCUGUUUUUAAAAAUCCAUCUCCGCCGAAGAGAGGAGCAGCGCUUCAGGGAAGGGUGGAGGCACGGAUGUCUUCACCUUUCCCAGUUAGGAAUCAAGACUUCCCGCCUUCGAGAUGGAACAAGAAAACGGUAUGUAGUCCUGGACUUUAAAAGGCAGUAACAGAAGUGGAAAUAGAGAUGUAACCAUUCUCCAAGGAAGAGCGGGGCAGGAAAUUCUUAGAUUCUUAGCUGUCCUAGCAGAAAGCAAAUGUCUAAAACUCAUAAGUCUAAACUUAGCCACGCAGGCAUGUUAAUUAAUUAACCACUAGACAAGCAGAAUUAUCAAUGUAGGCAAUGCCCGGUGUGAGGGGAAAAAGGAUUGAUUCUGACCUGUGGAAACGGGACUGCGGAGAGAUGAGAACUUCUGACGACUCUGUGCAUAUUACAAGCCUGUCUGCCAUGUUGUUUGAGUUUUUGUAACCAUGUGAAUCAUUUACAUUUUUAAAAUUAUUUUUAAAUGAAUAAACUAUAAGUUUUCUAUACUCACCCUCUUUAUUGAAACUACAAACCUAAAUUUUUAUUUUCUAUUUCUCCUUCCUGUAAUCUCAGUAUGCUUUUUCAGGUCGAUAUUCUUAGUGCACUCGUGUGAACCUCUGAUCCUUGCUGUUGUAUUCAAACAUCCAAACAAAUAUUUAUUUUAAAAAGCUGAAGAAUCCACUAUAUAGGGGGCAGCUAUAAAAUUGCUCCUUUCAUUUUGCUGGUGUCUACUAAUUAUCUUCCCGUCGGUCCAUCCACAUCCAUCAGUUCAUAGAAAUAACUUCUGAGGACUGAGGAAUUUAAAAGCCUGCAGAUCGUGUUUCAGUAUUACCUGGAAUUACUGGAAGCCAGAAUCUUUUCUUAAUUUGCUGUUUUCUCCAUUACACUCUGCUUAUUUAUCCUCAAUAAUUCAGACUCUGUUCAGUUCUCAAAAAGUAAAUGGCAUGGAAAUAUGACUCAGGACUUAAGAAACCAUACUGUGGGAGGAGGGGCUAACAGAAAGAGAAAUCUUGGCAAACUUGCUAUUGCAUUCAUUAUGUCCCAAUUAACUGUCCCUUUUAUAAAGAUCUUAAGAUUUUCAUGCAAAAUUGGAGUUCCUAUGUAUUAAGACAUUAUAUACAAAGUCCUCCAACUGACAUUUUUUUUUUCUCAUUUUAUAAUCAAAGAGACUGAGCUGUCCAAAGCACAAAGUAAAACACAGAUGCCGUGUCUCCAGCAAACACAAUCUUACAAGGCUGUAA